AUGCCUAGCGAGACUGCCACAGGUGACUUUGGUCCAGCACCGCCUGGGCUAGAUCUCACAGAUAACCAGACCGGCAGCUUGUUGGGAGCAGUGAUUCCUGUAGCGACACUCGCGACUAUUGCAGUUAUAUUGCGAAUAAUUGCACCAAUGAAGACCAAAGAGGCUAGGAAAUUAGCUAUCGAUGACUACCUCAUCAUUGCAGGUCUUAUAUUCUCUUGGGGAACAGCAAUAUCCUGCUUCAUAACACUUACACCAGACUGUCUAGGCAUUCCUUAUGGCCUUGGCUAUCAUUUGCAAUCCUUGACAAAAGGAGAGUUUAUUACUGUUUGGAAAAUACUUCUCGCCUAUGUCAUGAUUUACGCUACAGCCGUCACCUGCACCAAAGCCUCAAUCAUCUUCUUUUACGGCCGUAUCUUCAACUUUCGCUGGUCUAUGGGCUUCUGUAUGUUUUUGGUCAUUGGGUAUUGGAUCACCAUUAUCGUCACCGCUGCAGUGGCCUGUCGACCACUGCCAUAUUUCUGGCUGGUCUACGCAGAUCCAACAGCCAUUGGUGUAUGCAUCGAUGUGCCCUCAUUCUUUUUCGGCAAUGGAAUUGGUGCCAUGUUGAUCGAUGUGAUAAUACUGUGCAUGCCGAUGCCCACAAUUUACAAGUUGCAGAUGCCAUUAUCGCAGAAGGUCGCGGUCGUGGGUAUCUUGCUCUUAGGAAGUUUUGUUUGCGCCGCAAGUAUUUGCCGGAUCAUCUCGCUUCGGGAGAACACCCAGGGAACAGAUGCGACAUGGACUAUCGCGCCUGUCUUUAUUUGGUCGUCCGUUGAACCCUUUGUUGGGAUUAUCUGUGCAUGCCUCCCUACGUUUGGGCCUUUCUUUCGUCGGUGGUGGUCCAGAGUUCGGACGCGCUCGUCAAAGAAUCGCAGUACCGAUCCAAGCGCGGAACAGUCAUCUGAGACAGCGACCUGGCUCCGGAAACCUCGAGUAAAAAAGCCAACCAAGGACUCAUUAUUCAGUAUCAAUGACUUUGGUUGUGUGGAUGAGGUCCAAUUAAUGAACGAUAUCAAUGCCACUCGGUCGCUGGGGGACGAGGCUGCGAGUGUACACCAGGACGUGGAGCGAGGUUGUAUCACCGUCCAACAAGACGUGGAUGUGACAUGGGCCAAGUACAAAACAGGCAAAAAAAGCUGA